AAAUACGCCGUGCAAGUGAGCAAACGUGCACUCUGCACGAGUGUGUGGCGUGAAUAGGAGGGCUGAGGGAGGAGAGAAAGAGAAAGAGGAGGAGGAUCCAGUGGGGGGGACGAAGGCAGGGAUGUGAGCUCGCAAGGACAGAUGGCACAGAGGGGAGGGGAAAACACUCCACUCGCCUGCCAGACAGUGUGAGACGCAGCCGACGCUCGACGACAGCUCCUAGGAGGAUGCUCGGAUCGACACCGUCACCUUCACCACCCAGGCGGGGAGCGUAAACUGGACGACAAAUACAUGAGGAGGCAAGCGGCGGAGCGGAAUCUACCAGACGGCGGUCAUCUUUGAGGGUCUCAAUUGCUCCUCCUGCCUUUAGGUGUUUUUUCGGUGUGUGUGUGUUUAACAAACCAUGAGCGAGGCCAAGAAAGGUGAGCUGGCCAUCCGAGAUAAAGCCAUCCUGCACCAGCAGCGACGUCUCAAGCAGGCCACGCAGUUCACGCACAAGGACUCGGCUGACCUCCUGCCCCUGGACGGCCUCAAGAGGCUGGGGACGUCCAAAGACCUGCAACCUCACAGCAUCGUCCAGCGGCGCCUCCUCGAGGGCAACAUCACGCGGCUGCGAGGCGAGGCGCGUGACCCGGGCGCCCGAGUGCGCUCGCCGCUGGCCGACACCAAGGACGAGGACGAGGACGGGCGCGGCGACGGCGAGGAGAGGAGCGAGAGCACCGCCGACUCCUCCGCUGAGGAGAGGGAGGAGUCUCUGGAGGACGAGGAGGAGGCGGCCCCGCGCGCCAACGUGCUCACGGCGCUGCUCGUUCAGUGCAAGUGCUGCGGGACGGAAGUGAAGGCGUCGUUAAACACCAGCAGCCCGCACAACCACAUCUCUGCUUCCUGCUGCCACAGGCUGGGCCUGCCCCCCAGUCCAGACUCCGGCAGCUCCGUCAGAGAUGUGAAGCUCCAACUGGGCACCACGACGCUCCAAUGCUCCGCUUUGGUCCAAGAUGACGAGACAUUCGAGCUGAGCCUGGGUCUGCAAACUCUGCUGCAACUCCAAUGCUGCUUGGACCUGAACAGCCGGGUUCUGAAGCUCGGGGGCGACGGCGGCGGUGAGGAGCUGCCCUUCCUGAGCCUUGCUGACGACUCCCCGUCCAAAAAACACAACCAGAACCUGUGAGCACCCCCCCUGGCCCGGCAAACACGUGGAUGCAUUCCAGAACCCCAGUGAGCAUUUAGCACUGCUGCUGUCACGUUUACGUAUGUGUCAAAGAGUCUGAUUGGACCAGAACGUCCGUUUCAAACAAGAUGAGGCCGGAGUUUCCUUGAGCAUCCUUGCAGAAGCCUAGCUAGCCUUAGGCUACGCUAAGCUAACACCCUUCAUUUCCUGAAUGGAGUUAGCACACAGGUUCAUGCGUCCCCUCUUUCUACCUCCUCCACAAACAACCACUCACGAAUUUGAAAACGCAAUUAGCGGCUCCUUAGCGCCCACUUUUUAGCCAUCGAGAGGGCGACGGUGUCCUCGUCAGACAUCCCCCCCCCCCCAAGAUAAACAGCCAGUCAGACAUUUGAAACAUGACAACAUUCCAUGUGCAUGACUUUGUGGAGUAAGUCUGCAUGUUUGUGUACUCGUCUGACAGCCUGAACCUCGGGAGAGUGUGGCAGUGUGUGCGCGCGUGUGUGUGUGUGUGCGUGUGCGUGUGUGUGUGUGUGUCCAAGCUGCCUUCCCGCGCCGCCUUUCUAUCUCAAAUCUUCAAGCUUUGCUUCUUUCUUUUUUUUUUCCCUGGCGAGACGAAAUACUUUGUGAAUUUAUCGCCUACAUUUGCCGGUUUAAUCGUGGACGCCACCUGCCUUUCCUCGUGGGCACGGGCGCUUCCUGCCAACCAGAUGUCCAUGUAAUGACCACAUCACGCCAACAGGGGGCAGCACAGCGGGAGGAACUUUCAAACGGCUGAAAUGAUUUUUAAAAAUUUGGGUUGAAGGACAUUUCUGCAGCUGAUUUUUGUUGUGUGUUGCCAAUGAGGGUAGCGUGUACAAAAUGAUUAAUACAUAAAUCAUACUAUUUAUUAAUCAAUAAAUAAUACAUCUGUGUGCCAACAUUUAAUAAAUAAAGCAAAAUAAAUUGGUAAUUAAAAUAUUUAUUAAAAUUCUAUAUUUGAAUCAAAAAAGUGAAAUAAUUCUAAUUUCCUGCUCACUUUUCCUAAAUAGUGAAUGGCAAAUAUGAUGUUAAACUUAUUUAUAUUUAAUGCACAACCAAUUCACAGUAUAUACUACACAACUUUUUCAAUUAUUUCACGUUUUAUUUGAACUAAAAAAAUCCAAAAAUCCUUUAACAAAUGAUAUUUUGAGGUCAUCAUUACCAUCUAUCUACGUGUGCCAACAUUAAAUAAAUAAAGCAAAAAGGUAUGAUUUUCACAUACAUAUACUUGUAUUACAAGUGGAAAUAUAUUACACUGAAGUAAAAUCAUUCAUCCAGUUUCCUGUGAUAUUUCCCUAAAUCGUGAAUCGGAAAUAGGAUGUGAAACUAAUUCAUGUUUAAUGCUUGACCAAUUUAUACGUCACACAACUUUUUCAUUAGUUCGAGUUUUGUUUUAACCAAGUGCACAAACAUUCUUGAUUAAAAAAAAUGUGAUUAAAAAAAAAACAUAUUUAAUGCACGACGGAGUAUUUGGGCCAUAUUGAAAAUAAAAUCGGAAAUUUACGAGACAAAGAGCGGUAAUAUUACCUUAGCUCAAGCCUAAAGGUCACAAAAGUCCCCCCGUUUCGUAGCGGUCUCAAAACUCGUAAUAUUACGAGAAUAAAGUCCUACUUUACAAGAAAGCAAAUAGUAACUACUGUAUAUGUGAGCCUUGGCCUUGUGCAUGUGGAGGGGGCGGGGUAAGGAAGGCGGAAGUGAGAAGGGCUAGCCAUGCUAAUCUAAAUGCUAAAUGCUCAACUGCUCUGUUUUGCUGCCACGUCAUAAAUAAAAGCUAGCCUGAAGCAGGAGGAAGAGCUGUGCUCUAUUUUCCCUCUCAAACGUACGACACCAUCACACCUCAUAGCAACACUUCAUUCUCGGAAUAUUUGGACUUUUUGUCUUGUAAAUUUGGACUUUAUUGUCCUAAUAUUUUAACUUUGUUCUCAUAAAUUUAUGACUUUUUUCCCCGAAAAUGUAUGACCUUAUUCUCGUAAAUUUACAACUUAAUUCUCUUUUUUGUGUGUCCUAAAUUUAUGACGUUUUUCUCGUAAAUUUACGACUUUUGUUUUUUACUUGUGAAUUUUCAACUUUUUUUCUCCUGAAUUUUCCAUUUUUUUCUUUUGCUCAUAUAUUGACGACUUUAUUCUCGCAAUAUUAUGAAUAUUUUCUCGGAAAUGUACGACUUUUUUCUCGUGAAUUGACAGCUAUUCUUGUAAAUUUACGACUUUAUUCUCAUAAUAUUACAAGUUUUUGUGUCCUAAAUGUACAACGUUUUUCUCGUAAAUGUACAACUUUAUUCUCCUAAAUUCAGGGCUUUUUUCCCAGAAAUGUAUGACUUUAUUCUUCUACAUUUACAACUUUUUUUCUCCUGAAUUUAUGACUUUAUAAAUGUACAACUUUAUUCUCGUAAUUAUAGUUUCUUGUAAAUGUACGAUUUUAUUCUUAUAAAUUUACGACCUUAUUCUUGUAAUAUUGCAAGUUUGUUGUCUCAAAAAGUUACGACUUUUUCUCGUAAAUGUAUGACUUUAUUCUCCUAAAUUUAUGACAUUUUUUCUCGUAAAUGUACUAUUUUUUUCUCAUAAAUGUACGACUUUAUUCUCGUAAUAUUACAAAUAUUUUCUUGUUCUUGCUUUUUUCUUGUGAAUUGACAACUAUUCUUGUAAAUUUAGUUUUUGUGUCCUAAAAUUUAUGACCUUUUUCUUGUAAAUUUAUAACUUUUUUUCUCAUGAAUUUUCGACUUUAUUCUUCUAAAUUUACAACUUUUUUCUUGUAAAUUUACGAUUUUAUUCUUCUAAAUUUACAACUUUAUUCUCAUAUAUUUACAACUUUAUUCUCGUAAAUGUACGACUUUAUUCUUGUAAUAUCCCAAAUACUUUCUCGUGAAUUGACAACUAUUCUUGUAAAUUUACGGCUUUAUUCUCGUAAUAUUACGAGUUUUUGUCUCAUAAAUGUGUGACUUUUUUCUCGUAAUAUUACAACUUUUUUUCCUCAAAAUGUACAAAUUUUGUGUCGUAAAUGUGUGACUUUCUUGUGAAUUUCCGACUUUAUUCUCUUAAAUUUAAGCCUUUGUUCUAAAAAAUGUACAGAUUUUUUUCUCGUAAAUUUCCGACUUUAUUCUUCUAAAUUUACGAAUUUAUUCUCAUAAUAUUAACGAGUUUGUCUCGUAUAAAUGUAUGACUUUUUUUCGUAAAUGUAUUAACUUUUUUCUCUUAAAUUUACGACUUUAUUCUCAUAAAUGUACGACUUUUUGUCAUAAAUUUGCGACAUUAUGCUUGUAAAUUCACAACCUUAUUCUGGGAAUAUUGCUAAUUAAAAUUAAAUUAAAAGUAAAUUUAUGGAGAUUUAUUGAGAAAUGUCAGUAAAUCUCAGAUUUGUAUGUAUUUUUUUCCAAUGUAAUAAUACUCCGUCGUAUUUCACUGAUUGAAUUUCGGCACAAACAAACAGAUUUGCUCGCCUGUGGAAAAACAAUGGCCGCCACCAAUUGAAGACCCUCUGGUGCCUCCUGUGGUGCAAAGUGGCAUUACAAGAGAAGUGAUUCUCCUCUUAGAAAUGAAUUUUAGCGUGAAAUGACUUUUCUUAAGCUGCCGUGUCACAUCUGUGCUUUUGUAGAACAUCUGAUUAGUAUUGUUUUUUGUUUUUGGUCCAUUUGGCCGCUACUUUCCCUGCCAGCAUCAUCAACACAGAGGUCUAGUUUGUCCUUUUUUUGCUGUUUCUCUUUCUCUGAGCAGUAUUUUCUGUCUACUAAAUAAAAGAUAUGUAUUCUGGCUAAA